AUGGAUUUGAAUCAACCAAUUUCCUUGGAGGAUCAAGGAUUCACAGAGUAUAGAUUUAUUCAUGGUGUCAAGUAUGAAAUUUCACCAUCUUAUAUAACACCAGUCUGUCCAAAGCCACAUGUAUGUCUCAUUUGUACUCGUGAGCUACCUCCUUGUCUAGUUUCGAGAUCGGUCUCUUGGGUUUCCAUUCUAAGAGUUGUUUUCUACUCACUCAAAAAACUCUAUCCAGAAAAAGAAUAUUUUAAUUUGAAAAAAGAUGUUUAUGGUUAUGUUGCUGCACAUUGGGAUGUAAUUUGUACAAAGAAAAAGAGAACACCUGGUUGGAGAAAACAAUUACAAGAUGCACUUUCACAUUGUAGGAGAUUAUUUGAGAGUGGUGCAGACCAUCAUGACUGUUAUGGAUUCUGGAAAUUAAAGGAUCAUACUGAUCCAUGGGAAGAGAAUUUAGAUCAUUUCUCUAAUCCUUCAUCACCAAUCUUGCCAAACAAUCAUCAACAACAACAACAACAACAAUCACAUAUUUCAAGUUAUCCUUCUCCUUUGUUGUCAGGCGAUAGCGCUCAGUUCUCUGGCUCACCCUCACCAAUGUUUUUCAGUAAAUCAAACACACCGAUCCUUUCUUCACAACUUAAUCUGCGCAGUAGCAAUGGCUCCAAGUCAACCUCACCAAACUACAACAACUAUAUCUGUGAUCUUUCCAACCUUGGAUUGUCAUCUCCACAUCAAAGACCAAGAAGUAAAUCACUCAGUUCCGGAUCAUCAUCAUCUUCGCUAUCAUCUUCGUUCCACUUGGAUCAUCCACAUAUAAUACCAUUCCCACAAUCACCUCUCCAAAAACAACAUCAACAACAUCACAACCAUCAACAUCAUAGCAACAAUCAUCAGCAAUUCCAAUUGAACUCUUCUACUGGAAGUGGUGGUGCUUUCCAUCCGGUUCCACGCAGCCCAUUCUCAAUGAAUUCCUCACGAUACGAUAAGACACCAAGACGGUCAUCGGCAUCGGACGAUCUCAUCGAUGUAAUGAGUUUCGGUCCCAUUCCAAAAGAUGACAACUUCAAGCUGAGUGGCAGUAGCAGUCCAUUGAACACCACACCAACCACAAGCAGUCCACCGGCUCAGCUGUCUCCGCCAUCCAGCAGCUACAGUCCACCUCAGAAGCUCAAUAGCUCACCGCCUUCAAGCAAUGCCUACCACAACAAAGCAUCGAUUUCCAACUUGAUAAACCCAAUCAUGGAGGAAAAAGAUGAAUGCUCGCCGACACUAAGCAGCAGUAGCAGUAGUAUCAGCAGUGGCAGUCUCACCAGCAUCAGCAAUAUCAAUAAAUCAACAAUUGAGAUGCCAAGUCUACCAAUUGUAACACGUAGUCACAGAAGUAGCAGCAGUCCUAUCAAUUUUAUAUCCUAUCGAAGCAGUAACAACAAUAAUAAUAAUAACAACAACAAGUCAACAACAAGUCCAAAUCUAUUAGAGUCAUCUACCAAUAGCAGUGCCAGUAGUAUUCUAAACAUAACUAACCUUUCUGAUUCCUCCAAUACUCUUCCACGAAUUUCAUCGUUCAACUAUAAAUUCUAUCCAAAUGAACAAUCACCAUCACUUUCACCAGACUCCAACGCACAUGAUGUCUUUUUUAAGAAUAAUAGAAAAAGAACCAAAGAUUCAGUUUAUUUCACCUUUAAACCGAGUCUAGAAGGUGGUUCUAAUGAUACCUCCAACUGUACAAGAUACUUUCUUAGAGAAGUCAACUCUAAGAAUAAUAUCAAUAUUGAGGUGAAUAACUUAAUUUUCUCCAAUAGAGAUAGUCAGAGCCUUGUUUUAAAUACAGAUCCUAAGAAUAUAAUGCUCUCUGGUUCUUUCACCCCUACUGAGGAUGGUCAUACCAACUUUCAUAUUGAUCAUUCUUAUUUGUUAUUAGAUGUUCCAACUAGAGCACUGACAAACGGAAAAUUCUAUUUUGUUGAUAUAUUAAAGAAUCAGUCUAGUCAAUAUGUAGCACAUACUGUUAAUAAUGACAGUAACUCUUUUGAAUUUAUGAAAUUGGAUAUUGGUGAUUUCUGGACUAUCAAUUUGAUUGAUAUGGAUUGGGUAGAGAAGCAGAUUUUUACCGAAUUUCCUUACAAAGCAAUAGUAUAUGGAACUACAUUAUAUAAAGAAUUGGAAAUCCACUAUGCUUUUGUUAAUAUAAAUGGAGCUCCCACUAAAUGUCCAGAAAUUCCACCCGUCAAUUGUUUAAAAGACACAGUGCCUACAUAUUCUAGAAAUGCAGAUAGAUGUUACAAAAAUACAUAUAUUCAAUAA